UUUCCCCGUUUCAAUGUCGCUCAAGAUCAACCGCGUCACAACGCACCCGUUCGACGGCCAGAAACCAGGCACUUCCGGUCUGCGCAAGCGCGUCACCGUCUUCCAGCAGCCAGGCUACACUGAGAACUUUGUCCAGGCCACGUUCGACGCCGUCACGCUCAAUGUUCUGCGCGGCAAGAAGCUCGUGAUUGGCGGCGACGGUCGGUUUCUUGUGCCCGAGGUUGUCCAGAUCAUCAUCAAGAUGGCCGCAGCGAACGAGAUUGGUCGCGUUAUUGUUGGCACGAACGGCAUUCUGUCAACUCCGGCAGUGUCGAAUCUGGUUCGCGCCAGAAAGGCGCAAGGCGCCAUCAUUCUGACCGCCAGCCACAACCCCGGUGGCCCCGAGGGCGACUUUGGCAUCAAGUAUAACGUUGAAAACGGCGGCCCUGCUCCGGAGGGCGUCACCAACCUCAUCUACGAGUGCAGCAAGAAAAUUCAGUCGUACUCGAUCGCCGACAUCCCGAACGUUGAUCUUUCAAAACCCGCCGAACACUCGUUUGGCUCUGGAUUUGCAGUCGAGGUGGUCGAUUCGGUGGACGAAUACGUGACAUGCAUGAAGUCGCUCUUUGACUUUGCCGCUCUUCGUGCCUACUGCUCUGAUCCUGCCAACAAGUUUUCCAUGUUGGUCGACUGCAUGCAUGGUGUGACUGGACCUUAUGCGACCCGCAUCUUUGUCAACGAGCUUGGCAACGCGAGCAACAGUGUCAUGAACAACAUUCCUCUUCCUGACUUUGGCGGUGGCCACCCCGAUCCCAACCUCACUUAUGCGGCUGCCCUCGUGGAGAAAAUGAAGAACAGCGAGCACACCUUUGGCGCUGCGUCCGAUGGAGAUGGUGAUCGCAACAUGAUUUUGGGCAAAAAAGGAUUCUUUGUCACGCCGUCGGAUUCUGUGGCUGUCAUCGCCGCCAACUUUGCGCACAUUCCGUACUUCAAACAAUCGGGGCUGAAAGGCCUUGCCCGCAGCAUGCCAACCAGCGCCGCUCUCGACCGUGUGGCUGCAAAGUUGAAUGUCGAGUUCUUCGAAGUCCCAACUGGCUGGAAGUUCUUUGGCAACUUGAUGGACGCCUCUCGGCUUUCGAUUUGCGGCGAGGAGAGCUUUGGCACGGGCUCUGAUCACAUUCGCGAAAAGGAUGGCAUCUGGGCAAUGCUUUGCUGGCUUUCAAUCAUGGCCGCAACGAAUUCAUCCGUCGAAGAUGUUUUGAUCAAGCACUGGACGACGUUUGGCCGCAACUACUUUUCACGCUAUGACUAUGAAGAAGUCGACUCCGACAAGGCCAAUAGCAUGGUUGCGCAUCUGCAGCAGUUUGUCGCAAACCCCGCUCUGCUUGUCGGCAAACAGUUUGGUCGUUUCACGGUCGCGUCGGUCGACGACUUUGCGUACACGGAUCCUGUCGAUCACAGCGUCUCGCUGCACCAGGGUAUUCGCAUUAUCUUUGCUGACGGUUCUCGCAUCAUUUACCGCCUGAGCGGCACUGGCAGCAGCGGCGCAACCAUCCGCGUUUACAUUGAUAGCUUUGAGACGGAUUCUGCCAAACUUACCAUGGAUGCUCAGGUUGCUCUCAAGCCCCUCAUCGAAACUGCGCUCGAGCUUUCCAAACUGACCGAGUUCACUGGUCGCAAAGAGCCUACUGUCAUUACAUGAGGCGCAGACCAGAAGUUGUGUGUGUGUGCUCGAUUGUCGGAGAUUGUCGAUUGUUGUCGAUCUCUUCUUGUUGUCGAUUGUAUCUGAACACGCCUCUUUUUUUUUUUUUUCGACUUCAAGCUUUAUGCACGAGUCGCUUGGCCUUCAAUUAUGAGUUUGAUUGAAACCGC